CUUUUAUAAACCCCACAACUUUGUUCUCUGCAAUUCGUUCAAUCUUUUUCUGAGCAAAACAUUCACCUUUUGGAAUUAUUAGGUUAUCUUUGCAUCCGAUUUUCAAUGGAGACCCCAUCAUCCACCAGAAGAGUAACAAGAUCACAGGCUUUGUCUGCUUCCAAUGAUGCCCUCAUCGCAGUUUCCACAGGAAAGAUUGAAGAUUCUGAAAAGAACGCAUCAAAGUCAAAAUCAAGGGUGCAACAACAAGACCAAUCCGCACUAAUAGACAUAACAAAUGAUUCCCCAAUCGUGGGACUUGCGAAUGGGGUAAUUCUUGGUACCCCAUUGGCGAAGCAGAGAGGAAGCAAAAUAAAGAACACGCCAGGGUCUGGGGAAGCCUUGCUGAGGGGUCAAGUGAAGACCCUUUUGCUUAAAGUGGAAGAGGAGAUUGAACUUUCCAAGUUCUCGCUUGAAAGUACGGAACUUGUUGCACCAAUGCCCGUGAAUACGCCUCAAAUUCAGAAUCUUUCUGGUUUGGCUUCGGUUACCACCCCUUCUGUUGUUCUCCAACAACCACUAAUUCCUCAGGUGGUGAAUCAUGUAUUUGAUGGUUCUGAAUCUGAAAAGAGUGUGAUAAGCAGAUCCCUUUUAUUUGACUUCUCAGAGAAAUCUCAACUUUCGAAUGCAUCAGAAGAAUGUUUCUCUGAGCUGAGUUAUGAGGAAGUAGUACAAGCUGAAAGGGAAAUUAGGAGCUGCUUCAUAGAAGAUGAUGAUGCUUCUAUGAGUUCUAUAUGGUCAAUGCAGGUCAAUGCAAGCACCCAUGAUGAAGAUGAUGAGGAAAUAGCUGAAGAUGAAGAAGGUUGUUAUUCUGAAAAUGUUGAAGAAGAAAAAGAAGAAAAUGAUGGAGGGUUGCUGCUUGAUGAAUUGUGUGUAGGGUUGAACAACAUUAGCAUGAAUGAAAGGAUAGCUCCAAAAUUUGAAGGAAAGCACACAAGAUUUGCUUACAACAGUGAUGAUGAGAUUGUGAAAGAAGAGGUGGAAGAAAACUUUGGUGAGAGUGAUUCUUCAUCUAACAUAUUGCGUUUGAAAGGAUUGCCAACUUCAAAAGGAAAACACUUGCGCUUUUAUGAGGAAGAGGAGGGAAAAUCUGUUUUGUGAUUCCUAGAUGGACUUUUUGGCAUAUUCAUGAAUGCUUCUCCAAUAAUUGUCAUUUAAGUUCUUGUUUUGUUUCUUUUGGUCUCGACGUAGUUCACUGGUAGAUUCUUUGGUUUUUUUGUUAAAAUAAAUGGAAAACGACGGACCACAAUUUAGUGAUCAAACGUCCAUGUAAAACUGAUUGCAUUCUUAUGAAAUUAUUUUGUACCUAAA